AUGCGGCCACAAUCGGCACCGCUCAUCCGAGUGACCUGUCGUAACCCGCGUCUUCCUCGACGGGCACCAUGCGGAGCGCGCAGCUUUACCGGAGUCACGCAAACAAGUCAGCUGCUCUGCGAAACUCGUCGCCCAGUUCUCUUCACUCAGCGAUCUGAGCAAAUAUUGCAACAGAAGAGAUGCAUCACACAGGCAUAUAUUCAGCGGAUGAAAGAUGGAAAGAAAGAAUGGGCUGAGCACGCCGAAGAAAUUAAGGCUGGCAAGCGGAAGAACUUUGCAACUCACCUCGAAGAGCGAGGGCUCAUCCAUGAUGUUGUCGGAGAGCGAGAAUUGUUGCACCGAGUCUUCACUGAGAAGCGAACCGGAAUCUACGUCGGAAUCGACCCUACCGCGCCCUCGAUGCACGUUGGACACAUGCUACCUUUUAUGGUGUUGGCCUGGGGAUACGUUUGGGGUCUUCCAGUGACCUUUCUGCUGGGCGGUGCUACAUCUCGAGUCGGAGACCCCACGGGACGAUUAAAGGGACGCGAUGCUGUGCAUUCGUCAGUUCGCAAGGCAAACAUGGCCAGCAUGCAUAUGCAACUUAAGAAGCUGGGCUCGAGUAUCGACCAGUACGGCCGGAGACAUGGCCAUGUGAGAAAGCCGAUUUGGAAGCGCGCAUUGCUCAAUAACAACACCUGGUGGAACUCUAUGCCGUUCAUUGAAGUUUUGCGGGACCUGGGCGCGUUCAUGAGGCUUGGACCUAUGCUCGGCAGAGAUACUGUUAAAACUCGAUUGAACCAAGGAGACGGUAUGUCGUUUGCGGAGUUCUCUUACCCUCUUCUCCAGGCGUGGGAUUGGUGGACAUUGUUCCAAAAGGGAACUCAAGUGCAAGUGGGAGGAGCCGAUCAGUAUGGAAACAUACUCUUCGGCAUGGAUGCUGUCAAGGCUAUCAGCCGGAACACCGCCAUUGAAAUUAACCGAGACCCUCUUGAGGCCGAAGUGGACAGGCCCAUUGGCUUUACCACACCCUUGUUGACAGCGCCUUCCGGCGAGAAGUUCGGAAAAUCGGCUGGCAAUGCCAUCUGGCUCGACAAGGACAUGACCUCUACCUUUGAGCUUUACCAGUUCUUUGUUCGUACACCUGAUGAUACGGUGGAGCGGUACCUGAAGCUGUUCACUUUCCUUCCUCUGCCUGAAAUUGCCUCCGUCAUGGAACAACAGAAAGAGGACCCGUCGAAGCGAGUGGCCCAGCAUCUCCUGGCUUAUGAAUUUGUCGAGCUGAUUCACGGCAAAGAGGAGGCUGAUGCCGUGUCCCUCCAACACCGCCAGCUGUUCCGCUCGCGCUCUUCCACCGGCGAACCUUCGCCCAUGCCUCGCAAGCCCAGCACUGCCGGAAACCCUCAAUCCCCAACGGCUCAAUUCGAGACUCCCCAAUCCGGCAACCCUUACGCCUCUCAGACUCACUUUGCGAACAUGCCCAAUGCAAGGGUCACCCUGCCCAAGUCUCUGGUUUUUAACCAGCAAUUCAACAAGAUCCUCUGGUCAGCCGGUCUUGUCUCGUCCAAGGGCGAGGGCCACCGUGUGAUCACGAACAAUGGAGCGUACGUGGGCAGCCGUCCUGGUGACAGUGGUCCCAUGUCAGACGAUCUCGCUUUCACUCCCAUCCGGGUUUGGCCCUCUGAAAAGACUCAGGAUUACAUUAUGAAUGACAAUCUUCUCAUGUUGAAGUUGGGCAAGUGGAAGUUCAAGAUGGUGGAGAUUGUGAGCGAUGAGGAUUUCCGCGCGCAAGGACUCACUGCUCCGGGCUGGGAAGAGGUCAACAGCGAGGCUAAGCCCACUGAGUCAACGGAGUCGACUGACUCGACCAAGUCGAACAAUUGA